UGUAGAAGCGACUGCAAAUAAGAGGUGACAGAUUCAUCUGUGAUAUGUGCAGCGUGUUUAUUCAGCAGCACGCAUUUUUAUACCUUCUUAUGAGCCUACUCAUAUUACAAAGUUUCUAGUUAUUCUAGUCCUUCAGGUUCUGCCUCUUAGGAGUGUUCAUAAUGUGUAUGUUUCAAGCAGAACAGCUUAGUUAGGCAACGUUUGUAAAACCAGCAGUUCAGAGAAAACAUGCAGUGCAAUGAGAUCCUGGUCCAGUGCUUAUCCUGCUUGCUAUUCUUUGGAGGAGCUGGAUAUUUCUUCAGGCAGACUUCAGUCCAUACCCCUUAUGGACGCUAUGUAGAGCUAUUCAAGAAACCAACACUGGUCCCGGCUAAGCUAGCCUGGUUUUUACAGGAGCUGCCUUCAUUCCUUGUGCCGAUCUUAUUAUGGUGUAAGGCAGCUGGGCAGCUCAGCACAAACAAGACGGUGCUCCUGAUGAUGUUUUGCGCACACUACUUUCAAAGGACUUUCAUCUUUGCCUUGCUGACCAGAGGCAGACCCUCUCCCCUUCCAAUCAUGAUAUAUGCAGUGAUCUUUUGCGCGAUCAAUGGCUUCUUUCAGGGAUACUACAUAGUCUACUGUGCCGAGUAUGAUGACGCCUGGCUCACUGACAUCAGGUUUAUCCUAGGUGGGAUUAUGUUUUUGCUUGGAAUGGCUAUCAAUAUCCAUAGCGACCAUAUACUACGGAAUUUGAGAAAACCAGGAGAGAUUACUUACAAAAUACCCAGAGGAGGAAUGUUUGAGUAUGUCUCUGGUGCCAAUUUCCUUGGAGAGAUCAUAGAGUGGUUUGGCUAUGCCCUGGCCACUUGGUCUUUGCCAACGCUUUCUUUUGCCUUCUUCACCCUGUGCUCAAUUGGACCACGAGCCUACCAUCAUCACAGGUACUAUCUGGAGAAAUUUAAGGAUUACCCAAAAUCAAGGAAAGCCCUGACACCAUUUGUGUUUUAAAAAACACUUAGUCAAACUUACUGCCUUGAAUGGCACUGCAAAAAAUGACAUAGCUGAGCGUAUGUCACCAGAUGAUAAAGCACUGUUUGAUUCUUUUUUCUGCUCACUUGUACUAUCUUUCAUUUUUCUAUAUAUCCACUUUAUUUCAUAUUUUUUCUUUCACAAGCAAUGAUUGUUUUGUAUUUUAUUUUUUAAGUGCGUUUUUUUUUUUUUUUUUUUAUCUAUUUGGCUUACACUAAUUGAUUUUGCAACGUCCUGGCAGGAAUCCCCGUACAGAAUGCGCCUUGCUAACUAGCUGUCAAUUAUGCACUGGCACUGAAUGGAAAAAACAAUUCAUUAACCUGAAUAUUUAAAACGUAGCUGAAACAGAAAGUGGAGGGGGAGAGUAGAGAGAGCAGGGAGAGAAGAGUGGAGAAAAGAGUAGAGAGACCAGGGAGAGAAGAGU